CUUUUUGUCCCGGCUACUGGCAAACGCGCGCAUCACCGUCUUCUUCGCCAGUAGCUUUCUUCCUCUCUUCUUCUCUUCAUCCUCUAUCAAGUCUAACUCUUUCUCUUUUUCUUUCUUUUUUCUAACUUUUAUUCUCGUCAGCCUUUUCUGGCAUUUCCUACCGUUUUGCUUUUGCACGCUUGUUUAUUUCUCCCACAGCAAAGGUGCGCGAUUACUUUUGUGUAUAUUGUAUUUUUGCUUUGUAAUUGAACCGUUCAAUUCAUGUGUAUCGUCCCCACCAUCCGAUCACUAUGGAGGCAGUGAGUUAGAUCUGGAAAGACUUUCGACGAAGCGCGGAGAACAACACGUUGUGUCUCGCAAAGUUGGGUGCAAGUGUGUAUGGUGUUUUGUAUUGAUUAAAAUUUUUGAAUGUUGCGAUCGAUCGCCUUAAUAUUCAAUUUAAUACUUCAUCUUUUGUAUUUUAAUAUUUUUGUUGUGUUUCAACAUUUUUCUUUGUACUUUUACAUUUUUUGCGUGUGAAAUAGUUGUAUCGUCCCAGUAAACUCUAUGGGAGACGGAUGCCAUAAAACAGAAGAAGAGAACUCGCGAGGAAACUUGCGUCUAUUUGUACGUCAAGAUAAGAAAGCUGAAGGAAAAGCACGGAACACCGAAAUAAGAAUUGACAAUGUUGGAAUGGUGCGUCGCGAUUGCAACCACCCUGCUGGCUCUCCUCGUCUAUUUUGCGUAUUUCUUCAAAUUCAAUUGGGUGAAAGAUCUGAGAAAUGAGAGUACCACGCGGCCAACUGGUGGCAUUUGGUACGCGGGUGUCAAAAAGAGGAGGAAAGUGGGUAAUCUACCGCCGGUUUAUCCAAAUGGAUGGUUUGCUCUACUCGAAAGUACGCAAAUAAAAAAGGGUCAGGUAAAACACGUAUCGGCGCUUAGUGAAAAUUUCGCGGUAUUCAGAACCGAAAGAGGCGUUGUCAACAUUUUAGACGCGUACUGCCCGCAUUUAGGGGCAAAUAUGGCCGAGGGUGGUCGUGUCAAGGGAGACUGCCUGGAAUGCCCUUUCCACAGCUGGACAUUUCGCGGAGAGGACGGCUACUGUGCGAAUAUACCUUAUACUGAAAAGGUUCCGCACAUUGCUCGAGCGAAAGUUUGGAAGUGCUGCGAAGUGAAUCACCUUAUCUUUGUCUGGUACCACUCUGAAUCAGCUGAGCCGGACUGGCAACCUCAGCCGCACACACAAAUCACCAAUGGGACAUGGCGCUUUCAAGGUCGUAAUGAGUACCUCAUUAAUUGCCACAUACAGGAAAUAGCUGAAAAUGGGGCCGAUCCCGCACAUCUCAACGCUGUACACGGUCCGGCCAUGUUUCUCCCUGGCAAUUUGUCCUGGCUAGCACAGCACGUGUGGAUUGUCAAUAGUGGAUGGCGGCCGCACUGCUCGAAAACGGACGAAGAUGCAACAAACGCAGACGCGGAAGCUGUAAAGAUACGUGAAUUAAACAGUGUAUUAAUCGACCCAAUCAAAAAUAGCAACGAGAAUCGUCAACUUGCAAUCGUGGAAAAUGGUUUCGACAAAAGGGAAAAGCACAAGGCUGGCCUGCGCAUGUGUCACAAGUUGGUCCUGCUGAAUAGCUUGAACUUGAUGGAGAUUGAGGUGCACGCCGAGCAGAUUGGACCUAGCUACGUCGAGCUGGUGAUCAACACAUCUUUUGGGUCUUUCUGCAUUUUGCAGACGGUAACACCGAUCGAGCCACUGUUGCAGCGAGUGACUCAUCAGAUCUUCUCGCCACCUCUGCUUACACCGUACGCCAAUCUGAUCUUUUUAGCCGAGUGUGUAAUGUUUGAACGCGACAUCAAAAUCUGGAAUUACAAGAAAUACGAGCGGCAACCAAUCCUGGUGCGCGAAGACCGUGCUAUUCUCGCGUACCGCCGUUGGUACUCGCAAUUUUACUCUGACAAUAGUCCCACCUAUCAGAUAGCCAUGAAGGAUCUGCAAUGGUAGCCUAAUAUUCCUUUUCGAAAAUGUAU